AUGGCGACUACAUUGGACGACGAUGCAAAGGUUGCGCGGUACACUAACAACGAAACGUCGCCCCCUCCCCCGAUUUACGAAGACGGCAGCGUACAAGACGAUAAUGCGUACGUCUACGAUGACUCGCAGAAAUUGGGUUACACGGCCACGGUGUUUGUCAUCUUGAACAAGAUGAUUGGUACCGGGAUUUUCUCGACCCCUUCCGGUAUCUUCGCUGUGACGGGAUCUGUUGGUGUAUCGCUCUUUCUCUGGAUCAUUGGCGGAGUCAUCACCUUCUGUGGACUGUCUGUAUUCCUGGAGUUUGGUCUCGCCAUCCCGCGGUCUGGUGGUGAGAAGAACUACUUGGAGCGCGUGUAUCGUCACCCAAAGUAUGUUGCGACAUGUGUUCUCGCAUCACAAAUGCUUCUGCUGGGCUUCUCAUCCGGCAACUCCUUGGCAUUCGGCCGCUAUGUAUUGUUCGCUUCCGGCUCAGAAGCGCCCGAUGGCUGGGCAGCGCGUGGUAUUGCAGUGGCAUGCGUAACCUUCUGUGUCGGCUUGCAUUCUACCUUUCCAAAGUGGGGGAUCCGCCUCUUCAACGUCCUCGGAGUCUUCAAAGUCUUUAUCCUUCUCUUCAUCAUCUGUUCAGGCUUUGCUGCCUUGGCAGGCCAUUUGAAGAUUGAACAGCCGCACAACUUCGACAAUGCGUUCAAGCUAGAAAUUGGUGAUGGUUAUGGUGGUGGCGGUGCAUACGCCUACUGCCAAGCCUUACUGCGUAUUAUAUAUUCCUACAAGGGAUGGGAAAAUGCAAACUAUGUCCUAGGCGAAAUCCGCAACCCGCGUAAAACCCUCUCCUGGUCCGCCCCCCUCGCCGUCGGCGGCACCACAAUCCUCUAUGUCCUCGCAAAUGUCGCCUACUUCGCCGCGAUUCCCAAAUCUGACCUCGCAAAAUCCGAAGUCAUAGUCGCCGGACUUUUCUUCCGCAACGUCUUCGGCAACAGCGCCGGUGCCCGUAGCCUCCCCGCCUUCGUCGCCUUGAGCAAUCUCGGCAACGUCCUCGCCGUCAGCUUCGCUCACGCGCGUCUGAACCAGGAAUUUGCAAAGGAAGGUCUCAUUCCCUGGAGUCGUAUCUGGGCUUCUAACAAACCCUUCAACGCUCCUGCCGCUGCACUUUUUCUUCACUGGCUCAUCACCGUCAUUGUACUUGUUGCGCCCCCCGCUGGACCUGCGUAUAACUUCAUAACGGAUCUUUACACCUACCCCGGCGCCUGGAUCAACGCUUUCGUAACCGCCGGUCUCAUAUACCUGCAAUACACCAAGAGCGAACGCUGGGAGUCGCCAUGGCACACCUACCUCCCCAUCGCCCUGCUGUACCUUGCCGCAAACGUUUUCCUCGCGCUCGUCCCUUUUAUCCCGCCAGAUGGCGAUUGGAACGCAGAUGGAUACCCGUACUACGUGUUUCCUGUUGUGGGUGUCGGUGUGUUGCUGCUGGGCGUGGUGUAUUGGGCUUGCUGGACAAAGGUGUGGCCGAAGUUUGGGGGGUAUAGAAUUGUUAGUGAGAGGUAUGAGGAUGAGAGAGGGGUUGAGCAUGUUAAGUAUAUCAAGGUUUACAUAAAAAAGGACUGA